CCGUUCGAUGAUUGAUGGAGAUGGUCGGCUCUGGUACUCGACUGCUGAGUUCGGACGCUGCCCCUGCUUCAUACUUGGCUCGCAGCUAAACCAGUAUGAUGGGACGCCAACGCAGCCGCAGUGAUGUUGCCUCAACGUCGCACAAGAUCGACCGGUUCAGCGAUGCUCUGCGUAAGAUCUCGACCAUUGGUUCCACUAAAGGUGACACGCUUUUGAAGCCUGGCGACGAUUUUGAGUUCGCAGAGUCGCCCGAUCGGGCCUCGUCUCGCAACUCUAGCUCCGUAUUCGCCUUCAACGACUCGGAGAUUAACCUUCGGCAAAUCCAACAGUCAACACAACGGGUCCGCUCAACGCUUUCUAACAAGGACGCCGAUGCUGCUUUCAAGGAUUAUUCCAAGGUCAAAGAUCACGCGACGUUAUGUCAUUCAUUAUUGCGCAUCUCAACAUACACACCGCUAGAAAAUGGGCAGACCAACACGCUUAGCACAGAAGGCAGAGGGAUAUCGCGGGGAUCUUCCCUCGACGUACCUUACAGUCCAGCGACCAUGGAUACUCGAUCUUCGCCUAGUGGGAAGAGCCUUUCAGAAGUAACAACAGGGCAAAGUUACGGGCAACAUACCGGUCCAACUCGCGAAAACUGUCUAUCGGCCGUCCGUGACUGGAAACAGUGUAUCGAAUCAUUGCUACAAGCCCUCGAGCUCACGCUCUCUGAAACCUACAAGAGCUACGAACCAGAUGCCACGCCGAGCAUGGUGAAGUCCCUGUUUCAGGACAGAGACUUCCAUGCGGCUGCUAUCCAACAGAUGAGAAAGACCAGCAUCGACAAGACUUUCUCAGCAAGCCCUGACCUCGUUGCCAUCACUCGCAUCCUGCAGCUAGGGGAGUCAGGCGUCUCUGAUGAAAGGCCUGUGAACGAGCACAAUGUGUCGCCCCGAGGCGAUGCCAUUCUCGAGUUUGCGAAUCGUGGAGCCGAGUCCAUGCCAGUUCUGAGAUUCCGGGUGUCUUCAUUCCUACUCGCAGAAACCUCGCCUAUAUUUGAGAGAAUUUUCACCGAGCAUGCCCAAGCGGAGAUUCAUGACGACGAAGACAUGACUGAUAAGCUGGCACCCCCUCCAGCGCCGUUCAUCUGCGACGACGGGACCGAGGCGAGAUUGUAUCGCAUGCCGCAGCUCGAGCACGACUCAGAACAGGCUCUCACCAUUCUUCUCCACGCGGCGCAUAUGCACAACGACAAAGUUCCGCGGGAAACAUCUUUCAAGCAAUUCGUUGCCAUCGCCGAGGUGUGUCUACGGUAUCGGUGCACCUCACCCUUAGAGCUGGUUGUCGAGCACCGAUGGUUGCCUCAAUGGAUCCACAAAGGUAGUGAAGACAUGCCUGGAGGAAUGCUCCUCAUCAGCUACACCUUUGGGCUUCGGCAAUUGUUCAUGCGCAUUUCGAAGACUGCCGUUCUCAACCUUAUCGAUGAGGAAGAACUACAGAGCUUGCCGUGGCCGCAAAAGAUCAAAGACAAGAUUUGGUAUUUGAGGGUAGCCAAAAUGGCUCAAGUGCAUGCGUGUUGUGUGAAUAUGAUACAGGAAUAUCUACGACGCCCGCCGUCCAAAGCCGUUAAGCAAGGCGACGCACCAAACCUGUCGAAUGGACUCAGCCUACCGCAGGUUAGAACCCGUUCUCCUAGCCCGGGAUCGUCUGCGCAUACAUCGACUCCCAUCGAUCCGUUGGUGUUCAGUCGCAGUCCCAGGUGUCCUAAAGGAAGCCAUUGGUGCGAUGCAACGAACCUCGGCUGGCUCAUGCUCGUCUACGGGGAGUUGCAGCUUCUGUCUACAAUCAUCAAACCAUUUGUGCUCGGUACUCUGGAUAAUCUCCAACAGACGCCUCGUAGGAGUCUAGCUCAGCUCGUUGACCUGCUCCGGACGAUCGCCAGUCCUCCGCAGGUACUGCAUAAAGGCGGGAUUUGCGAUCCGACACCGCAGUUCCGCGCGGCAAUCAACGACAUCUAUAAUAGCGUCUCGGGUUUGACAUUGCACGACAUCAGCAGACGCCCUCAUGGUUGGGCUCUGUCUCGGCAUCGGUCAAGGCAGCCGCAGGCCGUUCUGCAAGGACGACCCAAACACCCCGACAAGGUACAGGACGCGAAAGACUUUUUGACAGAAGAAUUACGAUUGAGAAUACUACGCAGUAUCGACAGCGUAGACGACCUAUGCGCCGCAGCGAUGGUUAACCGAGGCUUUUAUCAGACGUUCCAGGAGAACGAGCUUCUUCUCAUGCGAAGGUUUAUAAAAGCUCAUCGACGGAUGACUUUGGCGAAACUGACUUCUCUCGCUGGGGUUUCUCUGAGUGGAGAUAAAGUGCCAAAGGAGAAGGCGGAUGCGCUUAAGGCGAAAGCGGAAGCCAUGCGAGAUGCCGAGGAGAGUUUUAACAUUCCCGAGGAAGAUGACGAUGUUGAAGGCUCGGGGAUGCCAGCGGUACAAGGUGCCUCUCUGUUAGAAGCGCCCUUGUUGGUACGCUCUUACGAAGGCGCGCCCGGUUCUGACACUCCAUCGCCACCAGUUUUGAGCGACGAAGAAGCGCAGCGGAUCCUCUGGCCGGCAUCAUCUCUUUCGCCACAAGACCGGUCUCCACAUACCUCAGUGGCCAAGAUCACGACGAAGUCAGGUAUUAUGCGAGAAAAGUUCCGUACCAGCGACCCUGCCUUUGUGGAGGAGAAGAUGCUGUCGGGCAACGAGAAUAAACAAUUGAGGGAGGAGAGGGACAGGAGGAUUGGACUUGUGCGGGAUGAUGAUGAAUGAAGCGCGAAGGGAGCUUGGUGGUAGUAAUCGUGGGUGCUCUUGGAUUUUACGGCAUUGAGCGAGGCGUUUCGGGCGGGCUUUGAGAUAUUGCGUGUUCAUGACUCUUUCUAGACUUGGACAUCUGCGUCAACAAACCUGGUUCGGCCAACAUUUUGGUGGGUAUCAUCGGAAACGUGGCCGACUGUAUGUGUAGGUCGCAACCAUGGAUGGCUCUUUUCGUUGUGUUCGGAUCAUAGUAAGGGACUUGCAUGGUGUGUGAAUGGAUUCCCAACUCGUUGAUGUGGAGCUCCACCGCAAGGCAUCUUAGGCAUUUUAGUUGGCCUUUUGCACAUGAAGAUUGUGGCGGACAUAGCUCAGUUGGGAGAGCGUCAGACUGAAGUCAACUUCAAUCACUUAAUCUGAAGGUCGU